AUGGAUGAGAUUCUUUGCUGGCUUGCAUGUCGAAAAGAGCGGCACAAUGUAGCCGUUACCAUUCUCAAAGAACUGACUGCUCAAGAUCAGACUGCAAAUAUCGACCAGAAUGGCUGGACGUUGGCUCACUGGGCGAUAUAUCAUAGAUUGCCUUCAGUACUUCUACGGUGCCCGCCUUUGACAGCCGGCGACAAAUCUCGCGGCCAGGAGAUUAUUAGUCAUCUAAAAACGUCGAGCAAAACAAAGGAGCCACAGCCUUUCGCAAGAGACAGUGCCAAGGAGGUAAAACAAGACAAUCAAAGGACCAGGAAUGAGCAAGGUUGUACAGAAACUCAGGAUCGAGUCCUUGACGCGAUGAGGGAUAUCCUUGACUUCAUCGGCCUAGAGACAACCCUUAGAGCCAGGGAGCCCCUCAGAAUCACCAAACCGACCAGCAGCAGAAUCAAAGAUUGCUUGAACGAGUUCCAGGCAAGCAUUGUCGAAGUCCGACAAAACGAAAAUGAGUUCAGCAUGGGUGCUAGAUUCAGGGGGGUCUACGAUACCAUUUAUGAUGAGAAGGAAAGUUUCACGACAAUCAGAAACGCAAUAGAACAGUUCCGAAAGUCGACUAAGGAGUGGGCUCCAAGCACCCAAGUGUCCGGGAAAGGCCUCACGUGGGUCCAUCUUCCAGCAGCCAAUAUGGAAUGGAUGAUGGAUACUAUGAAGAAAAUUUGUAUUUCACAUCCAUCCCGACUCGAACACUGGGAUGAGGUUGCUGCAUUUUUGCGUGCAAGCUGGUCUCAGGUCCCAGACAAAACAUCCCCAUCACGAUUCAUGCGGCCUCAAUACGUCAUUCUGAAUCAUAAGGAGAAAACAGGCGAAAACAAUGAUACUUAUUCUUUGGGAACUGGCAAGAAUGGUGGACUGGCUUCCGCUCUUUACAUGCCGUUUAUCUUGGCCGACUAUAAGCGACAUGAAACAAACAACAAUAGGAGAGACUUCCAAGACAUUCUAAAUGGCUAUUACCAAAGCCGGGGCUCCGUCGUUCAUGAUGCACCUACACUGGACGAGCACUACUACCACUUUGCUGCAGAUGAGGAGUCUCAAAGAGACCGAGGCCACAGGAACAAGAAUCAAGUCUUCACCAAGUACCAGCAAGAAAAUAAGACGGGUGAGCCAUUGGGGCUCAUCAGAAUCAGCCAGUUAUGGGCCUGGACGAUUGAAGACGGCAAUAUAGAAUGGUUAAUCACAUCCGCUUCCUGUGCCGAAAUCGACAACGAGAGAACAAUUACGUUUAUCAACUCUAUCGUCGACCACCUUCGCACUCAAGUUGAAGAGGGUAGUCGUGAACGUGGCCCGAAUUCUGCUGCAGAGCUGAGCAAAUCCAUUGCCGAGUACUGCGUUGGGACUUAUGACAGACAAAAAGAGGUCCAGAAAUCGAAGCUUGACAAGAAGAAUGGAAAUCAACAAAAUCUCGCGAUGGAUGUCACGAAGGACAAUGUGUCUACUGACAUAAGCGGAUCGACCACGAGGCAUGAAGCCGAAACCAGCGAGAUAUCGAUCCGCCAAACUUUUUCUAAUUUCAUCAACCGAAUUGGAAGACAAGAAGCCGACUUAUAUGGCCAGUUUUCCGGCUAUACAAGGACUUUGAGGCAAGAGGAAGAGACUAGCAGUAGUCACGGCAACCCAUUGACAACCGAGGAAGCAGACAAGAAGGCAGCCCAGCUUUUGUUCGAGAUCAAAGAUGUCCGUGACGAGUUGAACAUACUCAGAACCGUUGCCGAAUUUCAACGGAAGGUUCAGUCGCGCAUGGAUGGCAGAGAGCCUAACGCGAUCAGCACUGUGUUGGAUGCAGACCUAACAGCUGCAUAUGUCAGAAAUGACAUUGAUGAAAUGGACAAGCUUGCUGGGAGGAUUAGAGAUGCUUUGCAUACCACCAUCACACUUCACGAGAGUGAGAUUUCUCUAGACCAGGGGAAAAGGGUGAUGAUGUUUACGGUGAUUACUGCUUGGUUUUUGCCUGCUUCAUUUCUCACCUCUUUGUUCGCCCUGGACGUGUCAUCUUUUCUUCAAGCACCAUUGUGGUCUUUACUCGUUACCCUGCUUGUGCCUUGUCUCGUCCUCGGGUUGACAGGAGGCUACAUGUAUUACGGGCGGCACAUCAAAAAUGAAAGAGACAGGAAACCUCACAGUGGGCAGCGCAUCAGCCGCCAAUACAAGGCGAAACGGGCUUUGGCGAUCUUUGCCCGGGGUGAGACAUCGAGGAAGCAGAGGCCGUGA